AUGUCCCAUUCAAAACGCAACACGGCACUAGCCUUCUUCACGUCUCAUGAACGCUCCCUCCUCCGGUCAAGUUGGGGCACUCAAUCAACCCGACUCACUCGCGACUCAUUCCUUCCCUUCGGGUAUUGUCGCCUAUGUCUUGGCUACGCGAGGACACCUGUUGCUUGCGGUGAUGGAAACAGUGGAAACCGAAAAGUCCAUCUGUUCUGCAGAGAAUGCGCGUUGAACGACCUCAUGGCACAGAGAAAGGAGAUUAAACGGCUUGAGAGGGAAGCCGAGACGAGGGAGAGGGAGGAGCGCGAGCAAAAAGCGAGAGAGGAGGAGGAGAGGAGAAGGAAGGAGCUGGAAAGGUUCGAGAGGACCGCAAUGGGUUUUGUAGACGUUGGAUCUGAGGAGAUAGGAAGAAAGAGGAAGAGGGAAGCUGAAGAGCUGCAUUCCCAUCGAAAUGAGCCGCAGGGUCAUGGUGAUGAAGGCAAUGAAAAGAACAAGAAACCAAAGUCUUCCGAAGCGAGCUUCUGGGUCCCAGGCUCUGACAGCCUCUCAGCAUCCACAACCACCUCUUCCAAAUCUAAGCAGCAAAAGCUUCAUCCGCUAUGUCCCGCCUCCACGCCAGGGGAUAAACAUAACUAUUCGCUGAAGUCGCUCAUCACGGUCGAUUUUGCAGAAACCGAGCCUGAAAAGGGUGCGGGCGCGAAGGCGGACGAGCCAACAAGGAUAUGUCCGAGCUGUAAGAAAGCCCUGACCAACACAUCGAGACCGCUGUUGGGGACGGCAGAAGAAUGCGGACAUGUUAUAUGCGGUGCCUGUGCUGACUUGUUUCUUGGGGGUACGGAUUCCAAUGGUGUGUCGUCGAAAGAGGAGAGAGGGGCCAAGGCAAGCAUCUCCUGCUAUGUCUGUGAAGCGGACCUGAGUGGUGACUCGCACAGAGCUGCAGACAGUGGCGAGAAGGAGAACAAGGAUAAGAACCAAAAGCAUAAAGGGAGAAAAGACAGCAUUCACAAAGUAGGCAGGCUGGUGGAAAUUAGCUGCGAAGGCACAGGUUUCGCUGGCGGAGGGUCGAGUGUGGCGAAGCGGGAGGGCGUGGCAUUUCAAUGUUGA